CCGCUCGCGGAAGGCAGGAUGUGGAUGAAGGUCCCGCAUCCCAAGGAAAGCCGCAUUAAACAGCCCCGGUUCCCGCCACCGCCCCCGCCCCCCCUCAUUGCCCCCGCUCCCCCACCCAGGCCGCCUCAGCCAUUGCUGGCUUCGUCUGCUCAGAAAUCCCGCCGCAAACAUUUGCCCGGCACCGCGUCCCUGGCGGAGCGGGGGUGACAGGGGAGGGCGGUGUCGGCCGUGCGCUGCCCCACCGGCGGAUCCGGCUGCCGGCGAGGCGAGGCGCGCGGGGCCGGAGCAGCAGCCCGCGGCGGAUUGGGGAUUCACAUGGAGCCGUACCGCCCCGUGCCUAGGAGCGCCGUGCCGUGCCGUGCGGGGGUGUGCCGUGCCGUGCCGCGCCGCGCCGUACCGGGAAGCGCCGCCGCCUUCAGCACCACGAACAGCUACAAGUGAGGCGCAGCAGCCGCCCCGCCGUGUCCUGCCCCGCCCGCCCGGGCGGACCGCGGCGAGGGGAGGAGGAAUAAGGAAGGAGACCGUGGAGCAGAUUCGGUUUGGCUAAUCCCGAGUGUUACGCAGCACGUCUGAAAUCGCUCUCCUGGAUACCUGUCCCAGGCUGAGCUUCUGCAUAUUAAGCUGACUCUAGCAGGGGAAGCUAUUUGAAACGAGGGUUGUACAGAAAUUACCUCAUGCUAUUCCCGAUCGGCGCCGCGUAUUAAUUCCAGUGACCUCUGCAGUAAUGUGGAUAUGCAACUCUUUUCGAUCAAGAAGUACCUCAGUUGCAGGGUAAAAUAUAAGGACAGAAGAUACUGACCUCCUGGCAUCAGGACCAGAGAUACUACCCUACACUUCACCAUCAAUUAAGAGCAAUUGAAAACCACCUCUCAGAAAAGCUGAUCAACCCAUGACAUCAGUGGACAUCUUUUGUAAAACACGUUUUAUGUACUUCUGCUGAGAUCCUUUUUCUACCUACCACAUGGUUCUAUAUUACUUACUGGGCACUGAUGGUAGCCUCCAGAAAGUGCAGCUCCAAAUGGUCAGCUCCACCCUUUAGCAAGAAGAAAACCUGGAUACUGGAUAGUGACAAAGUCUUCAGAGAAGAUGGUAUACAGAGGAAAACAAUUAGUUUCAUGCCAUUGUUUCUUCCUGUUAACAGCCAAAUGCUACUGGAUACUCACCCUGAUGCAAAGAACUCAUGGCCAGGAAUACGCUCACUCCAUCCGACUGGAUGGGGACAUCAUCUUGGGAGGACUGUUCCCUGUCCAUGCAAAAGGGGAUAGAGGGGUGCCUUGUGGGGAGCUCAAGAAGGAGAAAGGGAUCCACAGACUAGAGGCAAUGCUGUAUGCAAUUGAUCAGAUUAAUAAAGACCCUGAUCUUCUUACCAAUAUCACCUUAGGUGUCCGGAUCCUUGAUACGUGUUCCAGGGACACUUAUGCAUUGGAGCAAUCCUUAACAUUUGUGCAAGCAUUGAUAGAAAAAGAUGGUUCAGAUGUGAAGUGUGCAAAUGGUGAUCCACCUAUUUUCACUAAGCCAGACAAGAUAUCAGGUGUGAUAGGUGCUGCAGCAAGUUCUGUGUCCAUUAUGGUUGCAAAUAUUUUAAGACUUUUUAAGAUACCUCAAAUCAGCUAUGCAUCUACAGCUCCAGAACUGAGUGAUAACACCAGGUAUGACUUCUUCUCUCGAGUUGUCCCACCAGACUCCUACCAAGCACAGGCCAUGGUUGACAUUGUGACAGCCCUUGGGUGGAACUAUGUCUCAACGCUGGCUUCCGAAGGCAAUUAUGGGGAAAGUGGAGUGGAGGCAUUUACCCAAAUCUCCAGAGAAAUUGGAGGUGUUUGCAUUGCUCAGUCACUCAAAAUUCCUCGGGAACCAAGACCAGGAGAGUUUGAAAAGAUCAUCAAGCGCUUGUUGGAAACUCCAAAUGCUCGUGCAGUGAUCAUGUUUGCAAAUGAAGAUGAUAUAAGGCGAAUACUGGAAGCAGCCAAAAAAGCUAAUCAAUCUGGACAUUUCCUCUGGAUCGGCUCAGAUAGUUGGGGGUCAAAAAUUUCACCAGUUCAGCAGCAGGAGGAGAUUGCAGAAGGAGCAGUAACUAUUCUGCCCAAAAGAACAUCAAUAGAUGGAUUUGAUAGAUAUUUUCGGAGUCGAACACUUGCUAACAAUAGAAGAAAUGUAUGGUUUGCAGAAUUUUGGGAGGAGAACUUUGGAUGCAAGUUAGGAUCACAUGGAAAAAGAAACAGCAAUAUCAAGAAAUGCACAGGCUUAGAAAGAAUUGCAAGAGAUUCAGCCUAUGAGCAAGAAGGAAAAGUUCAGUUUGUAAUUGAUGCAGUAUAUUCCAUGGCCUAUGCACUGCACAACAUGCAUAAAGAUCUCUGUCCUGGAUAUAUUGGUCUGUGUCCGAGGAUGAGCACAAUUGAUGGUAAAGAGCUACUUACUUAUAUCCGGGCAGUAAACUUCAAUGGGAGUGCUGGAACACCUGUUAUCUUCAAUGAAAAUGGAGAUGCUCCUGGGCGUUAUGAUAUUUUCCAGUAUCAAAUUACCAACAAGAGUGCAGAAUACAAAGUAAUUGGUCAGUGGACUAACCAACUUCGUCUAAAUGUAGAAGACAUGCAGUGGGCUAAUAGAGAACGCACUCAUCCAGCGUCUGUCUGCAGCCUGCCCUGUAAAGCGGGAGAGAGAAAGAAAACCGUGAAGGGAGUGCCCUGCUGCUGGCACUGUGAGCGCUGCGAGGGGUACCAUUACCAGGUGGAUGAAUUCAACUGUGAACUGUGCCCAAUAAAUAAGAGACCAAACGUCAACCGCACAGAUUGCCAGCUUAUCCCUAUAAUCAAACUGGAGUGGCAUUCUCCUUGGGCCAUCGUGCCCGUCUUCAUAGCUAUUCUCGGCAUAAUUGCCACCACCUUUGUGAUUGUGACGUUUGUUCGGUACAACGACACACCAAUCGUCAGGGCCUCUGGACGGGAGCUCAGUUAUGUGCUUUUGACUGGGAUUUUUCUCUGUUACUCCAUUACUUUUCUAAUGAUUGCAACUCCUGAUACAGUGGUCUGCUCAUUUCGAAGGAUCUUUUUAGGCCUUGGCAUGUGUUUCAGCUAUGCUGCCUUGCUUACCAAAACAAACAGGAUUCACAGAAUAUUUGAACAAGGUAAAAAAUCUGUUACAGCUCCUAAGUUUAUUAGUCCAGCUUCCCAGCUGGUGAUCACUUUCAGUCUCAUAUCCAUGCAGCUUAUUGGAGUCUUCAUCUGGUUUGCUAUUGAUCCACCACAUACCAUUGUAGACUAUGGAGAGCAGAGGACUCUUGAACCAGAAAAUGCCAGGGGAGUUCUCAAAUGUGACAUUUCAGAUCUUUCUCUCAUUUGUUCCCUUGGAUACAGUAUUCUCUUGAUGGUCACAUGUACUGUUUAUGCUAUUAAAACAAGAGGGGUUCCAGAGACCUUCAACGAAGCAAAACCCAUUGGAUUUACUAUGUACACAACCUGCAUAAUUUGGUUAGCUUUUAUUCCAAUCUUUUUUGGUACGGCCCAAUCAGCAGAGAAGAUGUACAUUCAGACAACAACACUUACUGUCUCCAUGAGUUUAAGUGCUUCAGUGUCUCUGGGCAUGCUCUACAUGCCCAAAGUCUAUAUUAUAAUUUUUCACCCGGAGCAAAAUGUUCAAAAACGGAAGCGGAGCUUCAAGGCUGUAGUGACAGCUGCCACAAUGCAAAGCAAACUGACCCAAAAAGGAAAUGACAGACCAAAUGGAGAGGUCAAAACUGAACUAUGUGAAAGUCUUGAAACCAACAGUAAGUCAUCUGUAGACUUUCCCAUGGUCAAGAGUGGCAACACUUCUUAAUAUAUCCUCCUCUACCAAGACAACUUAUGUCAGUUACAGCAAUCAGGCAAACUGAGCAGGGAUGAAAUUCACUUGAAGAUCUGCAGGAUGGGAUUUUGCAAACAAAGACUUUACCACCACCAGAAUUCCCUCUUGGAAAUAUCAGUAGAUUACAUUCAAAUCUAUAGUCAGUCUCCUAAAGGACAAGGAUUAACAAGAAGCAAAAGACUAAAAGAGACAGAGGAAGGAAAAGUCCAGGUUUAUAGCACAGAGAUAGUGUCCAGCUUCUGAACUGUUCACUCACAAAAGGAAGAAAAUCACAAAAGGAAAACAAAUGUUCGCUUGUGAAAAAAAAAAAAAAAAAAAAAAAGCUGUUGAAAUAAAUCAUGUCUGAUGUUAUAUUUGUAAGUACUUUUUUGUGAUUGUGACAAUUUCCUUUCCUGUCUUACAUUGUUCAACUUGUAAAAGAAGAUGAGUUUGUUUCUUGUGAUGGCUGACUGAAUUAAGUCCUGGGCUAUGCUAAAAUAAAUGCAAUGGUUAACGCAUGCUAAUUUUUAUACAAAAUAAUUUAUUUCUAAUAAUAAAGGAAUGUUUUGCAAAUGUUGAGACUUGUUUUGUUGCAGUUUUAAGACAAAAAAGUCCUUACACUGUUGUCUAUUGUUUGUUUAGAAUGUGCAGUAAAGGUGGGUGUACAAAUAAAAUAAUAAUCAUGGCAUCAGAAGAAUGCAGUGUAAACUCUAAGCAUAUGUGUGCGUGUGUGUACAUGUGCACCUGUGUGUGUAUGUACGUGCAUGCCUGCAUGCAUGUGUGUGUGUGUCCUCUGCAGUGUGUGAAUUUAUUUGUUCAAAGCUUUGUGACUAUAUUUUUUAAUGGAAGGAUUUUUCCCACUUCUCACCCUUCAGAGUAAGUGCAUUUUAUAUGUUUGUAAAGUGAAGGACUCCUGACUAAUUAUUUUGUAUGAUUGUAUUAUAUUUUUGAACCUCCACUAAUAACUUUGAUUCCUUUCAUUUCUGGAACUUACAGUUUGUAAGACUUUAUGACAGCUAGACUGGAUUAAGCUGAAGGUCUAUUCAGCCUAGUAUCCUGUCUCUGACAGGAGAAUGUAGCAGAUGCUUAUCUCAAUAAAGGUGACUUUGAAAUAA